AUGUUGAAUUUCGGCAGAGGCUUUUUCUCCCCAAGCGGAAGACCACAAGAAUUACAACAUCCGAGGUAUCAACAACUUCCUCAAUCCUCUUCAACGACCACAAGAGGUUUUCAAACGAACACAUUGGUGUCAUCGAGCACUACGGGAGCAAAUAUUCACACCAUUCCUUCUCAAGAAGCACAACAAUAUCAUAUUGAAGAUCCUAUUCAUAUCAAAUUUGCAAAUUGGUUUCGAUAUUUUCCAUUAUGUAGUAAUAUUAUUUUCUGUGUUUGUGUAAUAUUGUUCAUUGUACAGGGCGUGUUUAAUGAGCCAAAAUCAUCAGACAUUUGUUACAGCUAUUCUGCAAGUAUGAAACAAGCUAAAGUGUGGCAAUUAUUUACAUUUCCCUUUUUCCAUGGUUCCAUUAUGCACAUAUUAUUUAACAUGCUAGCUCUUUAUCAAUUUGGAAAUAGGAUUGAAUCAACUCUUGGAACAAUAUACUUUUUCUUCAUUUCACUAUUAAUGUUAAUUUUGGCAUCAGCCAUUUGGGUUGCUAUUGACGCGUUAUUUAUUGAUGCCUUCAAAGCUGGUCAAGUAUUGGGAUUUUUACUCGAUAGAUGCACAGUUGGAUAUAGUGGAGUAUUGUUUGCUUAUCUAGUGUUCACUGUACAAUACAAGCCACUGUUUGAGAGUUUGUAUCCUGGAGCUCACUAUGCAGACUUUGCUCCAAAAUUAAUUCCAUGGCUAAUGUUAAUUGUGACCUCUUUUCUAAUGCCAAAUGUGUCCUUAAUGGGUCACCUUACUGGCAUGUUAGGUGGAUAUGCAGUGUGGCUUAUGGUAAGAUUUAUUUCACCUCUCAACAAGUUUUUCCUUUUUGUAGAUUCUAAGGUUCCCAGAUUUAUCAGAAAUCGUUCAUUCUUCUUUGUUUCCGAUGAAACUGUGUUUCGAGAGGCAUCAACUCCAUCCACAACAACUGUCAACACUUCUGAAACAACAUCGUCACCACCCUCCAAUACUUCACAAGGAGGUUUCUUUUCGAAUAUUUCACAAACCGUUGGCGGAUGGUUUGGAAGAGGUAACCAGACUUCCACUGACAGUAAUAGCAGCCACAGCUGGGGUCGUGGUAGAGCCUUAGGAAGUAAUUAA